AUGAUUAAAGAGGUACAAGUCAUCGGUAUGGAUGACCCAUUUAUGGGAUACUCCUGGUUUCCAGGGUCUGAUAGUUUAUACCUAUCACAUUUGCAUGAAAUAGUUUACAGUUUUGUUGCGUAUACUAUUAUUUAUAAUAUAGUUUCACCAGUGGUUAAUAGAGUUAUAUUUGGCCACUAUUACACACAUUUGUCAAGUAGAACCGAUAAGAUCGACUUUGAUAUACAUACGGUUUCAAUGUUUCAAUGUAUCGUUUCACUAAUAUUAGCUCCUUUAAUCGUUACAGUGCCAAAGACUUUAGAUGUAUCCAAUUAUUACGAUCAUCUAUGUACAUUAACAUCAGCAGUUUCCUUGGGAUAUUUCAUUUGGGACAUUUGCGUUUGUAUUUUACAUUAUGAAGUUUCAGGACCUGCAUUUUUUGCACAUGCAAUAAUUUCAAUUUAUAUGUCUGCAAUUACAAUUAAACCAUUAUUCCAGCCAUGGAUCGGUGCAUUUCUUUUAUUUGAAGCAAGCACACCAUUUGUCAAUGUCAACUGGUACUUAUGUGCAUUGAAAAAAAUUUCAAAAGAGAAAAAUGUGUCAUUAAAUUUACCAACAUGGAUUAAUUCACUUAAUGGGUUAGUGUUAAUGUUCAUUUUCUUAACUGUCAGACUAAUUUGGGGUACAAGCUGUACCAUUGCAUUGGUGAGGGAAACUAUAAGAGUCAAGGCGAAUAUGCCACCGAUUCCAACACUAUUGUUCUUAGUUUUUGUCAUCUCAUUGAACUUGUUAAAUAUAUACUGGUUUUCGAAAAUGAUCAAAAUUGCAAUGAGAGCAAUGAAUGGUACUAAAUCUACAAACCAUACAAACAGCUCGAAUGCUAAAUUCUUAUCAGAAAAACCUUAA